UCAGAAGCAGAGGGGGAGGAAGCAGUCCGCCGCCGAGCCCCUGGCUAACUACUAGCGCGGUGGGGGCUCUCAAGGCACAGCGUGCGAACUGCUAGAUUUAGCAUCUGUAAAGGAAGGCAGCCUUUCUUCUAAAAAGCUUUCAGGCUUGGAUCCGAAGUCCUGUGCUGUUUGUCUUGAACUCAUCAUUUACUACUAUGGCUGCAUCCCUCGUUGUAGAGUUUUGUUUUUGUCUAAAUUAAGGAAUUGGAGGCGGAUGGACUAAGUUUUGGAUUGGAACUAGGAUUAGGAUAAGGACCACAUCUACAGCUAUUUGUGAGAACAAGAAGUGAGCUUAAAGCCUGCAGGUGCCUCAAUUCUGUGUUGGCAGAGCCAGUCCUUCAACCACCAUGGCGGAUGGACGGAUCUAUGUGGGGAAUCUUCCAAUGGAUGUCCAGGAGAGAGACAUAGAGGAUCUCUUCUUCAAAUAUGGAAAAAUCCGAGAUAUUGAAUUGAAGAACAAUAGGGGAACUAUCCCUUUUGCCUUUGUCCGGUUUGAAGACCCACGGGAUGCGGAUGAUGCAGUUUAUGGAAGGAAUGGAUAUGGAUAUGGAGACUCCAAGCUCCGUGUAGAGUACCCACGUUCCUCGGGUGCUAAAUUUGGAGGUCCUAUGGGAGGAGGAGGUGGAGGAGGACCUAGGGGAAGGUUUGGCCCCCCAACACGAAGAUCUGAAUUCCGGGUCAUAGUGACUGGUUUGCCCCCAACUGGGAGCUGGCAAGAUCUAAAAGACCACAUGCGUGAAGCAGGUGAUGUGUGUUUUGCUGAUGUGCAGCGUGAUGGUGAAGGAGUGGUUGAGUUUCUUCGUAGAGAGGACAUGGAGUAUGCUCUACGCCGGUUGGAUCGGACCGAGUUCCGCUCCCAUCAAGGUGAAACUGCGUACAUCCGCGUUUAUGAGGAAAGAGGUACUCCAAGCUGGGGGCGAUCACGUUCCCGCUCCAGAUCCAGAGGGCGCUAUUCUCCCCCAUACCAGAAUAGAGGAUCCCCUCAACGCUACCAGUCGCCCCCACGCCAUGCUAUGUCCCGCCAUAGUCCACCCUCCAGGAGACAUCCUCCACAGCACCAUAGCCCCCCACCACGCCACUACCGGUAGAAGGGUUCAUCAUUCUUAAAGGAGUAGGGGAAAAUGUUUUGUAAUUCAAUUUUUUCCUCCCCCAUGCCACCCCCUUUUUUUUUUAACCCCAGGCCUCCUCAUAGGAUGCACCAUUUUUGCUGUUUCUUGCUUGCAGUUUUACAUUCCAUGAUCAGGAUCCCCUGAGCCCCACCCGCUCCCCUCAGCCUUAAAGGGUUUUUUUUGUUGUUGUUGAUUUUUUUGUUUUUUUUUUUGUCUUUUGUUUUUGUUUUGUUCAGCCACAUCCCCAGGGAACCUGUGGAGGCAGAAUUGAUUUCAGCAAGAUACAUGUCAAUAUCAUUGUAUAAGUAACAAUAAAAGCUUUCUUUUAUAAAGAAAUUCUGGGAGUAAUGUCGAUGUCCACAAGAACCAAAACACAGGCAUAAUUUUACACUGUCCAAAUGAAGUUACACAAUUCUGCAGCUAUCAGGCUAACUGUAAUUCUGCUUCUUAAAAUACCCUAGAGCUUGACAAAAUCUUCCAUUUUGUGUGUCACAUUGCUGUAGCCUUGUAAGUUCUAAAAGUGUGGUGAGGCCAUUUUUAAUACACUUUUUUGUUUAUUUUAUUUUAUUUUAUUUCCUUUUUGGAAAGCAGCCAAUCUAAGCAGAAACUAAUCAGUAUCUUCCUUAAAAUAAUGUAUGUAAAAUGAGUGACCUUUUUAGAAUAGUGACACAAGUCGACUGUGAGCCUCACCUUUUUUUUUUUUUUUUUUUUGUAAGUGAUGUGUGGACCUCUGACCGAGUUGGCCUGUAGGUGGACUAUGAUUUGUGAUUUGUAUGCAUCUAAUAUUAUUUUGUUUUCUUCAAAUAAAAAAUGUACAUUUUA